CUUCUUCUCCAUUAGAUUUUUUCUUUUUCAUUACAAAGAAGAUAUAAAAAAAUCUUAAGAGCUUUCUUCUUCUCUCAUCUCUGAAAAAAAUGCCGAGCAACUGUGAGAUUCUCUGCGAGAUCUUAAUCGCGGUCCUUCUUCCGCCUCUCGGAGUUUGCCUCAGGAAGGGCUGCUGCACUGUGGAGUUCUUGAUUUGUCUGGUUCUGACUAUCUUAGGCUACGUCCCUGGGAUAAUAUACGCGAUUUACGUGAUUGUGUUUCAGAACCGUGAAGAGUACUUUGAUGAAUACAGACGCCCUCUCUACUCCUCUUGAUGUCUCUUUAUCUGUUUGUUUCUUGAAACUGCUGCUUUGAUUUGACUUGUUGUACCAAUAAGUUGCUUUUGCAGUUUACUUAUGUAUUGAAAGGUUUGGAAAACAAUUGUGUUGAUCCCUUUUGGUGUAAUGCAAGAUUGAUUGAAGGUUAACAUUAUAUACUUGUUGGCUU